AUGGAGGUGACUCGCAAGAAUUUCAAAGAAAGUCUCCCUCUUAUAAGCGAGUCGAUAGACAAGGCUGAUUUCCUAGUAAUAGACACAGAAUUCACUGGUCUUAUAAACGGUCGCGAUGUUUCUAUAUUUGAUUCACCCCAGGAGUAUUACACUACAUUGCUUAAUGGAUCUACGGAGUUCUUGUUGAUACAGUAUGGAUUGUGUGCUUUCUAUUGGAACGAAAAGGAAAAUCAGUAUAUGAAUGAUGCAUACAAUUUCUACUUGUUUCCCCGUGGACGGCCUGGGCCUGAAAAAAUGUUUCUUUGUCAAAGUUCCAGUUUGGACUUUUUGGCUUCACAAGGUUUUGACUUUAAUAAACUUAUAAAAGAAGGUAUAUCCUACAUGACGGAGCCAACCGAAUCUCGGUUACGCGACAAUCUGACAGAGCGACAGAAAUCAUACAGUUACGCUGAGAAGGAUGCCAUAACCAUACCAGAUGAAAACAAACAACAAAUAGAGGACAUAUGCAAAAAGGUGCGGGCUUUCCUGGAUGAGAAGAAGUUGGAUGAGAUGGAGAUUGAUCGUUGCAAUGCUUACAUCAGACGUUUACUGUUCCAAGAGCUGGGUGCAAGGUUUAAAAACGAGGUGUUUAUUGAAACCAAGAUAUUGGAAAACAAAAGCAGGGUUCUUAAAGUCACUCGGAUAACGUCAAAGAACGAAGGGAUAGACAGGGACGCGCAGAAGAAAGUGAAAGAGUGGGAAGAGUUCGAAGACGCCGUCGGCUUCUCUAAGGUCGCCAGAAUGAUCAGCCAAUCGGAAAAGUUGGUGAUAGGACACAACAUGCUGUUAGAUCUCAUACACACGCUGAAUCACUUCUUCCAACCUCUGCCAACUGACUACGAGUCGUUCAAAGAGUUUGCCCACUGCAUGUUCCCUAGGUUGCUGGACACCAAGUACAUGUCAAGUUUGCCUCCAUUCAAGGACAAAGUGAACUCCAGCGUGCUGCAGCAUUUGCUCGUGACGUUAUCGGAGCCGCCCUUCUCGCUGCCGAAAGCCGAGUCGGUGGAGGGGCGCGGCUACCGGCACGCGGACGACAAGCACCACGAGGCCGGCUACGACGCGUACGUGACGGGCCUCUGCUUCCUCGCGAUGCACCAGCACCUGGCGCGCAUGCGGGGCGACCGCCUCAGCCGGCUGCCGGGCCCCGACUGCGCCGCGCUCAAGCCGUUCCUGAACAAGCUGUUCCUCGCGCGCACCGCGCACCAGGACUCGCCCUACAUGAACCUCAGCGGCGCAGACCCUACGCCAUCGAGGGACCACGUUUUCCACUUGACAUUCCCGAAAGACUGGCAGAGGAGUGACAUCAGUCAGCUUUUCAGCGCCUUCGGCCCGAUAACGGUGCAGUUCCUGGACGACGUGUCCGCCCUGGUGGCGUUGUCCAGGCGCGAGCAGGCGCGCCUCGUGGCGCGGACGUUCGCGAACAACGCCCGAAUAUCGCUCGUGCCGUACGCCAAGUACAAGAUGCUCUGCGCCAAGGCACAGCAAGCGACAACGAAGCGCACCCACGAAUCGCCGAGCGCCGAGCUGACGUCAUCAGUGAACACAUCUGACCUUUCGAGGGUGCGACAAGGAUCAGUGUCAGAGCGGGUGCAAUCGCCAGAGAAGUCUCGUUUACGGUCGAAUAGUGUUUCGUCGGCGCCCCUGCCGCCGCCCAGGAAGAGGCGUCUCCUGUCGUCUUCUGGCAUCUUUCAGAUCGAUGAUUCCGAGUCCUCACCGAAGAAGAGCGAACUCACUCGGUCCGACUCGGACCAGUCGAGGACACGCCCAGAAGCCAUCUCCAAUGGUCGGCGGAAAGCCGAGAUCGAGGGCGAGGAGACACGCGACGCAGCGAAAGAAAAGAAAGAGAUCGACAUAGAGAGAUUCGACAGCGAAGCCAAGUCUAAUUGUGUAUCCGCCUUUAAAGAGAGCAAUGUUUGGGAC